GCGCUGGGAGCCAGUCGCCUGCAGAUAGUGCCAGGGGAAGGAGUACCGCUCGUGACUCUCUCCGUUUUCUUUACCUGUCGCUGUUUCGUCUUGGGCCGUGAGUUGCCCUUGUGACCUGAGACGGGAAGCAGGCCAGGGCAGGAUGUGUGACGCACGAACAAAGUGACGCCAUGGCCUGCACCUGUGACCCCGUGACUAUUUGGUGAUGUGGAUUGGUGAGGAGUUUGUAAGUUGGCAACGCACUCGCUCCAGUGACUGACGGACUGACCACACGUGACGCCUCGCCUGAUGUAAAGAACCACUACUCACCUCUCCGAACAAAUUUUGUUUUGUUCACAUUUGCUAACCUUGAACCUGAACAUGGCUGGUUAAUAACAAUAGAAAACCAUCAAGAAUUCUGUCUCGCCUAAGAAUAGAAUAAAACCAAGCAACCAGCCAAACAAACAGCAAAAAAGCGUGUUACUGAGGCAGUCAUUUUUGCCGCUUCGUGUAUGAAAAGUUGUUAGUCCCAUCCAGAUUCACGGGAGUUUCUUGACAAAUGGGCGGCUCUUCCUACACAGGACAUCAAGAAACAUUCCCCUGCGAGACCUGGACACACCCACAUACUUGUCAAACGCAGCAUGUUAAGUAUGCAGCCGUGUAUAGAUGACCAGGCCAGCAUAACACAAGCGAACCACGUGACUGCUGCAAGGAAGGAAGGAAGGAAGGAAGGCCCGGUGAGAUGGAGGAGUCUUGGGCCUGCUUACCUGCUUACCUGCUGCUGCUGCUUGUGAUAGUAGCCAGCGCCCCCACCUUCCCCGAUCCAGAGGAGUACGAGGAUUACGAAGGAGUGUACCUGGAGGAUGACAACGCCACAGGGUGCAUAAAUGGACUGGCGGAAGAGGAUUUGUCGUGCCUCUGUCAUCCGUGCUGGGGCGGCGUGCGUUGCCAGUCGUACGAAGAUAACUAUGCCCCUCGGUUCCUCGUCCACGCUGCCACUGCUGUUGUGCCCGAGAACAUCACAGGGUCUGUGUACCGGGCCUGGGCCAGUGACGGGGACCUGGGGCUGACGUGUCCACUGGGGGGCGAACAGGUGACCCGGUGUCCCUGCGCGACCGUCACCUACCAGCUGUUUGCGGCGCCCGGGGACCAUCGCUUCGCCCUUCACCAUACGACGGGCGUGCUGUCUAGGAAUCUUAGCGGGGCAGCUCUCACGCCAGGCCAGUCCUACACCUACAAACUCAUGGUGCAGAGCCUGCCCAAACGAGGGAGGAUCCAGGACCUGCAGUACGACAUCCUGGAUCUGAGGAUUUACGUCAGCCCGGACUACGUCACCAUCACCCCGUGGACAUGACCCUCGCCCGGGGGCCCGCGUCACCCGGCCCUCGCCCUCCACGGACUCCUCUGAGGCGCACACCGCACCAACGCAGACCUGACGCCGCCUCUACAUUCUCUGCGUCACCCUGGACUGUGUUAGCGUUGGGGAGUCCUGCAGGAGGAUUUCUGGGUCUUGAUUCUCUCUUGAGACCUGCAGGGCCGCGAAGUCCUCCUCACGGCGCCCUAAAACCUUUUGUUUGUCUUUACUCAGCACCGUCAAAGCUCAUUCAUUCUCCAUGUCCUUGUGUUCCAACAAAGUCGUUAGUCCCAAGAGCUUCUUCAGCUCACCUCACGGCACCCAAGGGCGUCACCAUCCUCCCUACCUCCCCCCCCACGUACCGCAGGCGAUUUUCCAGUCACAAGAUGAGCGGCUGGUUUCCUGACGCCCCUGGAGGCACCGCGGCGGGGAGGCGGUGAGAGAGGCGGCGUCUGUCAAGGAAUGAGGGGACGAAGAGCAAUUCAAUCAACCAGGAUUAAGAUUCCCUUUCUUGCUCCUCUCAUAAUUGACGUCUACUCCUUUCCUAUUCCAUCGUCCUUUUCCUUCUUCCUUCUUCGUCUUCCUUCGUCCCCACCUCCUGUACUCCUUCUGUCCUCCACCUCCUGUCUUCCACCUUCUUUCCUCCACCUCCUGUCCUUCUCCUCCUUUCCUCCACCUUCUGUCCUUCUCCUCCUAUCCUCCACCUCCUGUCCGCUGGUGUUAACAAAGACCGGUGUGGCGGCGUGUUUUCCAGGAAGCCACAGUGACCGGCGGCGCCACUGAGGUUCCUUGUCCACGUGAUUGUGAGAGUCGCGCCAUCAGGGCAUUGCGUGUCCAUGUGGCCUCGCUACGUGACCUGAGUUCGUGUCGUGAUACAUUCAGUCUAUCCUCCCUCCUUCCUUCCCUCCCUACUUUGAGCUCUGGUUCUUCCUCCCCCUUCUCUUUCCUCCGUCUCGCCCCAGUUCAUCUUAUCUUCUCCCUCUUAUCUCCUUCCUCCCUUUUUCUACCCUGGUUCGUCGUACUCUGUGUGUCCUCCUCCUCCUCCUCCUCCUCCUCCUCCUCCUCCUCCUCCUCCUCCUCCUCCUCCUCCUCCUCCUCCUCCUCCUCCUCCUCCUCCUCCUUCUCCUCCUCCUCCUCCUCCUCCUCCUUCUUCUCCUUCUCGUCUUCCCUCCUUCACCUUUCUUUUCAUUCCGUCUCGCCCCAGUUCAUCUUGUCUCUCCUUCUCUCCACAUUCCUUCCACCCUUGUCCGUUUUGCUUUGUGUCUUCCACCUUCUCCUUCUUGUUUUCCUCUUUUUCUUUUCUUCCUCACCUCUCUCACUAUCUUGUCUCCUCUUUCCUCUUCAAACUCCUUUUCCCGAUUGCCUCCCUUUACCCUUUUCCUCUUCACCUUUUGCUUCUUGCUCUUCCUCUUUCACAGACCCUCAACACCCCCCCACCCUACCUUUAACCCUUUCUUCCCGAACACCCAUGUGCAUAAAGUCUGUCUGAGGUCAAUGUUGCGUGUUGAGGUCUGCGUCAUUAUCGAGCCUUCGUGAUAAGUCUGGCGUGCGUGGAGCUGGAGCUGGAGCUGGCCUGGUCUGCCUUGGUCUGCCAUGGUGUGGUGUGAUAGCGGCUUGGUCUGAUGCGUCGCUACUCUGCCUCUUGGAAAAUGACUUGGCGUUGGCUGGACGGCGCGAAUCUGGGCUCAGUGAUAGGGAGGGAGGCGAAUUGCUGGGAACUUGUGUGUCGGGAGUGCUGGUGGCUCUGGCGGGCGUGAGGACGGCCCAUCCCGCUCCGCCAACUUGCCUCUGAGUGAUAGGAGGCCGUUUAUCUAGCAAGUUCCGUGCAGACUGGCCUGGCUGUGUUGCGAAGUUGAGAUGACACAAGACUCUUUGAUCCUCGAUUCCGGGUGGAGAUGUAGAAAUGGAGGGACGGGAGGAAGAUGGUAGGAUAAGAGAGAGAGAGAGAGAGAGAGAGAGAGAGAGAGAGAGAGAGAGAGAGAGAGAGAGAGAGAGAGAGAGAGAGAAGCAGAUAGGUAGGAGAAAUUCUGAUACCAAUAUAGAAAGACAGAACAAGAGAAAAAAAAAUUGAUCCCAGAAAUACAGAGACAAACGGACGCAGAAACCAAGAAAAAAUAUACAAAAAACAAACAAAAAAAAAAAAAGACGAAAACCAACAAGAUACACACAAACACACUCACAAAGAAAAAAACAAAAACACGCACACAUACAAAACGCCCCAAAAUAACCAGGUCGACAAACAAACACAAGGGAAUAAACAAGAGAAGAGAAAGUAGGUUAGGCGUGAUUGACUAAGAGAGAGAGAGAGAGAGAGAGAGAGAGAGAGAGAGAGAGAGAGUAGAGAGAGUAAACGUCCUCUUGUCUUUUAUUGGGACGCUUCUCUUACUUACCCCAGCUGUUUGUUAUUCAUGCCUCCUCAUUCCUCGCUGUUUAUGGGAUGCUCGGGGUAUCGUUUUGGAGGCGAUUCAUUCCCAUCUUUUAGGCUCCACGCCCCGCCCAAUCCCGCGCCCAGGCUGCCUCACAUCCCGCUUGCACCUCAACACACUGUACAAAUUGAGUUGCCGCGUGUACGAUGCGCGCAAGCCGUGGCGGUGCAAGGAAAUAGCCGGUCCGUGAGGCUUCUUGGGAAGGAGUGGCGGUGACGGGACGCGCCCUGUUUGAGAAUGGUGUUAAUUAGUGAGUGGCGUGCGUGGCGUGAGUGGGUCGGGUUGGUGCGUAGAUCGGAGUCCUCAGGGGAAGUGUUAUUGCGCGUGGACGUGUGUCGUGCGCCAAAUGUCUUGUUUACCAGGGAAGCAUGAUGAGAGAGCGUGAUACGAAUCUUUUUUAUGGCGUUGUUUUUUAAAAGUUUUGCUCGGGUGUAAUUUGCAGGAAAGUAAACAUGCAUGUGUUUGUGUGCGUGUGUGCUGAAGACUUGUGUGUGGCUCUGCGUGCGCGACAGACGCCUCAUAAAUGUGAAACUAGUUUGACGUUUGUGUCGGCAAGAGACUUCCAGCCUGACAGCCAGCCAGUGACCCAGACAGCCAAGCUUCAACCAGCUAGUCAGCCAGCUAAUGAAUCAGUUAGCCAGCCAACCAGCCAGCCAGCUAGCCAGCCAGCUAGCCAGCCAGCCAGCCAGCCAGCCAGCCAGCCAGCCAGCCAGCCAGCCAGCCAGCCAGCCAGCCUUUAGCCAGCCAGACAAAACAAACAGACAGACCUCAGUACCUAAACAAACAUAUCAUUAGUCUUGCCAUGUCGCGUACGGCGAGGCAAAGGAGGCUCGGUGCCUCACGUCAACCAGGACCCGCCGCUGAGACAUUGAUGUCUCGGCGCCUCGUGUUCCGCGAGGAGUCAUGGCUGGACUGGUUAUUUAUCUCACCCCGACACACCCACACGUGUUUCUCUGUGUACGUUAUCUUGUGGUGACGCAUCGACUUUUUCUUCGGUACUAGGACGUAGGAAAUGAAGGUUAGUGUUGAUAUUUUUAGUACAUAUCACUGACCUCUCCGUGGGGGUCUUGUGGGACCUCCGAGGACCUGGUGAGGUAAGGACGUGUAGAAUAUUACUGGUCACACUUUUGUCAUCCUUGCCUUGCCGUAGUGCGCAGGGCGAGGGCGGUGUUGUAGCGACAGCCAGUGUUGUACCCGGUGUUGUAGAGAAAUAAACUUGAUAGUUCAAA